AUGGCUUCGUCCGACAGGAAGAAAACGGCCAUCGUCGUCGGCGCAGGAGUUGGCGGUAUAGCAACAGCAGCCCGCCUCGCCAAAGCCGGCUACUCCGUUACCGUGCUCGAGAAGAACAGCUUUACCGGCGGCCGUUGUUCCCUGAUCACCCAUGACGGGUACCGCUUCGACCAAGGGCCCUCCCUCCUCCUGCUCCCCAAGCUCUUCGCAGAGACCUUCCACGAUCUCUCGACCUCGCUCGAAGCCGAAGGUGUCGCGCUGCUGAAAUGCGAGCCCAACUACCGCAUGUGGUUUGGUGACGGCGCGAACUUUGAGCUCAGCAGCGACAUGGCGGUUAUGAAGCGCGAGAUUGAGAAGUGGGAGGGCAAGGCGGGCUUCGAGCGCUACCUGCAGUGGCUAGGGGAGGCGCAUAGGCAUUAUGAGAUUAGCGUGCGGGAGGUGCUGCAUAAGAACUUUACGAGUGUGUUUAAUUUGUUGCGGCCGAGUUUCUUGAGGCAUCUGGUGCAGUUGCAUCCGUUUGAGAGUAUCUAUUCCAGGGCCGCAAAGUACUUUUGGAGUGAGAGACUCAGGAGGGUGUUCACUUUUGGGAGCAUGUAUAUGGGGAUGAGCCCGUUUGAUGCGCCGGGCACCUAUAGCUUGCUGCAGUAUACGGAGCUGGCAGAGGGGAUCUGGUAUCCAGUCGGAGGCUUUCAUGCGGUGGUGCAGGCACUGGUGGGGAUUUGUGGGAGGUUAGGGGUCCAAAUGCGCCUGAAUACUCCUGUAAGAUGUGUUCUUACAACUGAGGAUGGGAAACGAACGACAGGCGUCGAGCUCGAGAGCGGAGAAAGGGUAGAGGCUGACUUGGUCGUUGUAAAUGCGGAUCUGGUAUACGCCUAUAACAACCUCUUCCCACACACAACAUCCAGCUCCAAAUCCUACGCUAAGAGCCUACAAAAGCGAGACGGCUCGUGCAGCUCCAUCUCCUUCUACUGGGCCCUCUCCCAAACCGUCCCUGAGCUCAACACGCACAACAUCUUCCUUGCAGACGAGUAUCGCGAGUCCUUCGACUCCAUAUUCGCCAGGCAGGGUAUCCCAGAUGACCCGUCCUUUUACGUCAACGUGCCCUCACGCAUCGAUCCAACAGCAGCACCUGAAGGCAAAGACGCCUUAGUGGUCCUCGUCCCCGUUGGCCACCUGCUCAACUCCGCUACAUCCACCUCUCAAGCCGAUUCCGGCCCAGGUCUCCUCCCGGAACAGGACUGGGACGCCAUCGUCUCGUCCGCCCGCCAAACCAUCAUCGGCACUAUCGAGCAACGCACCAACUGUGCGCCCCUCGCCCCAUUGAUCGUGCACGAGGAGCUCAAUACCCCUACGAGCUGGGAAGAGCGCUUCAACCUAGACAAAGGCUGUAUCCUAGGCCUCUCGCACAGCUUCUUCAAUGUCCUGGCUUUCAGACCGAAGAUCAAACACCCUAAGAUCGAGGGCGUGUACUUCGUCGGCGCGAGCACGCAUCCGGGUACUGGUGUCCCGAUCGUGCUUGCGGGUGCUAAGAUCACUACGGAAAUGAUCUUGAGUGAAAGAGGCGAGGGGAUCCCGUGGGCAGGCAAGGAGAGCCUGGUGAGAGAUGAGGGUGUGAGACAGGGAAAGGAGACUAGCGGGCUAGAUGUGUUGAAGAGGAGGGAGGGCGCGGUGUGGUUGAGCGACCUGGGGAUUUUCAGGCUUGCGGCUGCGGUUUUAUUUGUGACGAUCGUGUAUCUGAAUACCGGGCUGACGCUUAGCAAGGGGUGGGGGGUUGGGAAGGUCUAA